AUGUUGUUCUGUGAGUUCUCUCGCCGCAGUUAUCGCCCCCCACCCUUUGCUCCUCAUUAUUUGCUGCAGCAUUUCUUCUUGAGGCUGCGGCUGCUGCAUGCGCAGCAGCAGCAGCAGCUGCUGCAGCAGCAACAGCAGCAGCAACAGCAUCAGCAGCAGCAGAAGCAGCAGCAGCAGCAGCAGCCUUUUAUUCCGUUGGGGCCGUACGACGCUCGCUGCUUCGAUUCACCAACAGCAGCAGGGAGAGGAUUGCUUGCAGCAGCAGCAGCAGCAGCAGCAGCAAAACUUGCUGCUGCUCUCGCGCGUUGGGGCUUCUUUCAGCAACUGCCGCUGCAGCCUUGCUGCAGCAGCGUCCUGCAGCUGCUGCAGCAGCAGCAAACAGGAGCAGUAACUGUAUUAGAGUGGUAUAAUAAGCCCAGCAGCAAGCCCGCGGCAGCAGCUGCAGCAGCAGCAGCAGCAGCUGCUGCUGCUGCUGCUACAAGGGCAGCAGCUGCUGCACAAGCUGCUCAGCAGAGAGAGCCGCAGCUUGCAGCAGCAACACCAACAACAACAAAUGCUGCUGCUGCUGCUGCAGAGGAUCGCUGGAAAGACAACAGCAGCAACAACUGCAGCAGGCGCAGCACUUCGCCUGACCAGCAGCAGCAGCAGCAGCAGCAGCAGCAGCAGCAGCAGCGGAAGAAGGAGGGGCUUAAGUCUUCUAUUGCCAGUGCUGCUGCUACUUUUCUGCAGCGCUUCUCGCGCAGCAGCAGCAGCAGCGACUUCUCCUGGUUCCAGCCGCAGCAGCAGCAGCAGCAGCAGCGGCGGCUGCAGCGCGAAGGGAAGCUUGAGACGGCGGCAGCAGCAGCAGCAGCAGCAGCAGCAGCAGCAGCAGAGGGGCAGCACUUUAACGACCUGCAGUUCCCUACCGAAAUCCUAGUCAGCAACAACAGCAACAGCAGCAGCAGCAGCAACAGCAGCAGCAGCAGCAGCAGCAAGACAGGAGAGGAGUUUAAGAAGCUGCGCGGCGUUGUUGUUAUUGUUGGUGCAGCAGCAGCAGAAGGCACGUCGCUGCAAGCAGCAGCAGCAGCAGCAGAUGCAGUUAGAGCCGGGUUUUGCUGCUGCAUCAUUCAUCUUAGCACAGACGGAGACACCCCACAUCUGCUUCGUGCCUUGCAGCAGCAGCAGCAGCAGCAGCAGCAGCAAGGUGUCCACCAGCAGCAGCAGCAGCAGCAGCAGCAGGUCGAGAGGCUGCUGCUGCUUAGCGGCAGCGGGCUGAUUGUGGGGCAGCCAGAAGAUGAAAUACGCGCUGCAUUAGAGGUGAUUCAUGAAGACUGCGGAGAGACUCCAAUUGCUGUGAUGUCUUUCGGCUCUGCAUUUGCUGCUGUUGUGAAGGCGCUAACAGCAGCAAAUGCUAAGGGCCCUGCUGCUGCUGCUGCUGCUGCUGCUCCUACUGCUGCUGCUGCAGCAGCAGCAGCUGCAGCAGCUCCUGCUCCUGCUGCGCUCAACUUCAGGCGAGGCAUCCGGCCCCCAGAGCAAUGCUCCUACUGUCGCUGCAUGCAACAGCAGCAGCAGCUGCUGCUGCAGCAGCAAAAGCAGCAGGAGCUGCAGCAGGAACAGCAACAGCAGCAGCAACAGAUGACUGUCGCUUGCGACCCAGAUGAUGCAGCAGCAGCAGCAGCAAAAUCAGCAGCAGCAAUUCAAUCUACUAUAGAUGAAGACACAUCCUGCAGCAGUUUGCUGCAGCAAGAUGAAUGUACUGGCGAGAGCAGCAGCAGCAGCAGCAGCAGCAGGAGCAGGAGCAGCAGUAAGGGUACCAUCGGGCCGCGGCAGCAGGCUUCUGUUGAACCGGGGAAUCAGCAGCAGCAGCAGCAGCAGCAGCAGCAGCAGCAGCAGCAGCAACACGCUUCAACAGGGGAUGCAAAAGCAGCGAGAGCAGCGACAAGCCAUGUUGCUGCUGCACCAGCAGCAGCAACAGCAGCACCAGCAGCAGCAACAGCAGCACCAGCAGCAGCAGCAGCAGUGCCGACGGAAGCAACUGCAGGGCCAGGAUCAAGAGCAGCAACACCAGCAGCAGCAGCAGCAGCAGCAGCAGCAGCAGCAGAUUCAAUACAGUGCUACGGGCAAGCGCAGUCGUUUGUUUCUGCCUGCGUAUUUUGUAUGGCGGUGCUGCAGCCUCAAGCAGCAGCAGCAGCAGCAGCAGCAGCAGCAGCACCAUUUUGGGGUUAUGAUUUGCUGCUGCUGCCUUAUCGCGUCCGGAAGCUCAUGCAUUGGCUUGCUGCUGCUGCUGCUGCCGCUGCUGCUCCCCUUGCUGCUGCUGCUGCUGCUGCAGGGCCUCUGACUCCCAGGUCGCAGCAGCAUGCCGUGCUGCAGCAAGAAGCAGCAGCAGCAGCAGCAGCACGAGGCGAAGUGAUACAAGGCAGCGCUAGCACUAGCAGCAGCUGCAACGCGCCGGAGCAGCAGCAGCAGCAGCUGCUGCUGCUGCGGCUGCAGCAGGAUGCUAAGGUCGCUGCUGCUGCUGCAGUAAACCCAGCAACAGCAGCAACAGCAGCAGCAACAGCAGCAGGGCCUCCACCAGUUUUGCUUUGCUGCCCCUGGCUGCUCCAGGAGUAUAUUUUAUUGUAUGCGCAGCAGCUGCUGCAGCAACUGCAGCAGCAGCAGCAGCAGCAGCAGCAGCAAUUUGCGUCUUCUUUGUCUUUCGCAGUCUUUCGUGCUCAUCAUUUGCUGCAGCUGAGGAAAGUUAGAAUUUCUGCUGCUGCUGCCGCAGGUGAUAGUGGUGCUUCUGCUGCUUCAGGUCGCUGCCCGUUCAGCAACAGCAGCAGCAGCAGCAGCAGGAGCAGCAGCAAGAUGAAGGAUCGUGCAUCUGGCGGCUACCUAACGGAAUGCAAGCCUCGCCCCCAGCAGCAGCAGCAGCAGCAGCAGCAGCAGCAACAGCAGCAGCAGCAGCAGGAGUGGUUGCUGGUAGAAGCAGCAAACCCUGGGGGCCUCCGACAGCAGUGGGGUGCAGCAGAUGGUUUGCUGCUGCUGCAGCAGCUGCAGAUUCCUACUCUCUUUAUUCAAGCAGCAAAGGACCCAAUAGCAGCAAAAGAUAUUGAUGUCUUUGCUGCAGCAAGGAAUCCAAACAUCAGCUUCGCUUUACUUCAAUCGGGCGGCCAUUUGCUGCAACUCGCAGAUUUUGCUGCUGCUGCUGCUGCUGCUGCUGCUCGUACUGAUGCUGCUUCAGCUAAUGCUGCUGCUGCUCUAGUUCUGGCGGCAACAGCAGCAGAAACAGCAUCAGCAGCAGCAGCAGCAGCGGUAACAACAGCAACAGCAGCAGCAGCAGCAGUGACGGUGCUUGGUUUUGCUAAGAGCUGA